ACCACGCUGGGCUACCCUAUCUCUUCUUAAAGGGCUGCAGAGAGGAAAGAUCCAGUUUGAACCUAAGAGAUAAUACAAAGAGCACAGGACAGAGGGCGCAGGGAGAUAGGGACGGGCAUUGUUCUCACUUGAAUGAAAGGAAAUGGGCUGGAGCUGCUGCCUAAGGGAUAAAAGAUACAAAAGUAGAAACUCUUUGGACAGGCUACUACCGGAGACACAGAAUGCCUUAUUUCGCUAGUACACCCGUCAACUGUGAUCUGCAAUGACAAAAUAAGAGAAAAGCCGAAGGAGCCCGGGGAGAAAUGUUAGGAAGUUUAGAAGGAAUUCAUAAGUUUGAAAAGUAAUUAAGAGUGUUGAGGCUGAAGGAAAAUGACGUGCAUCCCCACCACCACAUCCGCUACCAGUCAGUUCCGUUUACAGCAUACUUCCUCUAUAUAUUUUCUAAAAAAUGAAGAGAAAAACAAAAUAAAACAAAACAAAAAAUAAAUAAAAAAUGAAGAAAGCAAGCAAGCUAAAGAGAGGUUUGUCUUUGGGGAGAAUGUUUAAGCAAAGGAGUCAGGAUGGGAAAGUGAGCAAUCUCGAACACUGUUUUCUUUUUUUUUUUUUUACUUUUUUGAGACAAGGUCUCCUUAUGCAGGUCAGGCUGGCCUUGAGCUCACUUUGCAGCCCAGCUGGUCUCAAACUCGCAAAGAUCUUCUUGCCUCAGCCUCCCAAGUGCAGUAUUGUUUUUCAUAGUCUAUUCAAAGUACCAAAAAACUAUAGAAACUGAAAAGAACCACAUUCCUGGAGGUGACUUAUGAUUCAGUGAAUAUAUUUGCAUUCACCUAGGUGUUUUACAUGUUGUUCAGGAAAUUCUGGAAAGGGGUUGAGGAACUGAUUCACAUAGUCACCAAGGAUAUCUUUCCCUCAUAAGGUUGAAUGGGCUGCAGCAUCAUGGGUAGCGCUCAAGACAUCAAUAUGUCCUGCUUCUGAGCCCAGCAGUGAAGAAAUAGGAGCAAGAUAACUCUCCUUACCUCUCCUGUGGGCUAUAGGCGCAGCAUCUCCUGACAGUUCAGAGCAUGUUCUUGUUCAUGGGUGGUUCCACACAGAUUGCAUUGUGCCUGGCUCACAGUAGAUGUAGAGCAGAUAUUCAUCAACUCCAUUUCAAAACAAAACAAAAAACUGUUCUUUUCUUAUCCUCCUGCUCAUGAGCUCUGAAUUGCAGACUAGACCUAGUUCACUGUACCUAGCACAUAUGUUACUAUUUCUGAAUUGAAUCAAUUAAAAACAGGAAAUAAAUAAACAGACAGAGGCCUGCCUGGCAAGCUAGAGGUUGUGAAUUCAAUUCCUAGUACCAAAAAAAAGAAAAAAAAAGCAGACAGAAAGAUGAGAACUCUAUUACUGCAGACCUCAAUGAAAGGAAUGUGACAAGGAGGGCACUGCAUAGGACAGAGGAAAAAGACUCAGACCUACUUCCUCCCUUCUUCUUUUCUGUGUCCAGGACAUUGAGAACAAGGUGAAGUGAGGUCAGCACUGCACAGAGAGGAAAUCCCUAGCCUUGGCUGAGAUUUUCAACAAAAGCAACACAGCAGAUGUUUUGAAAUUUGAACAAUGAUGGGUAAAUACUUCUCCCAUCCCCCACAGCCCAGAUGGGCUGUUUUCAGUCUAGAAAAAAUGUCCACUUCUUCCUCUGAACAUUUUCUUGGUGGUGAAAGAGAUUAUGAUUAAGCAGCUAAGAGAAAGGCAACUCUGAAUGGCGAUGGAGAGUGGGGCCAGCAAGAGGGAGGGUGGGGUUUCAGCAAGGACUGGGAUGGGAAAGGGAAAAGGAGAGGGAGCUUAUUGGUGGGCUUCCCUUUGGUGGUAGCAGUGGGUGUCCUUCCCCGGCCUAAUCUAAGGCUGGAGGAGCUCGAUGAAGCACUGUGCACCCAAAUCCACUUCUACUUCUCAGAACUUGAGCAGCGCAAGCUGAGGACCGGUAGCGACCAAAGAUGUGGGCAGCAAGUAGGCGGGGAAUCCCGCCCCAGUGAGAGGAGCCCCUGCAGCUCCCUCCCAGCCUGGGCCAGUGCGGGAGGCGGGGAAAGUUUGGUGGGAAACAGUGUAACUUCCUUUUUACUUCCACAGCGCCCAGGCAAACUCCAGAAUGGAUGUCCUCCUCACAGCCAUCCUUGUUGUGCCACUUGUCUUGGGUCAAGAAUAUGAUGAAGAAGAACUGGCACAGGAGGAUUAUUAUCAGGUGAUUUAUUAUUACACAGUCACCCCGACUUAUGAUGACUUUAAUGCAAAUUUCACCAUUGAUUACUCCAUUUUUGAGUCAGAGGACAGGUUGCAGGACAAAGAGGUAACAACAGCAGCAGUAGAGACCACCAUUAGUCUUCAAGCCCGACCUGAGGACAAUGAGAAGCCUGUAACCACGAAACCAGUGACAAUGGAAACACAGAGUCCAGAUCCGAAUUCAGCCGCCGUGUCCAGUCUGCUGAGUCCUGCCCCGCUCUUCUUGUCGUGGGCCCUCAUCCAGGGAGGGAUGUGUGUCUCAUAGGUGAGAGAAAGCCACUUCGACUCUAUAGAUGAGGGUUUCACAAGAGGAAAUUUGAAGAUAAAACAGGGGAAAGAUUUAUACGAUCUGAAGAGAAACCAGAGUAUGGAGGAUAAAAUAAAAAAUAUGCUGGAUGUGGUGGCACAGA